CGGGGUGACAUUGAGCGCACCAGCGCCACCGCUGCCCCGCGACCAGGAAAUAGGCAGAGAUCGUUGGAGUAGGCGGCCAUGGGCAGCUUCCGCGGCCUGCGCCUGGUGGCGGGAAAUUGUUUUAGGUUAUAUGAAAGAAAUGCUUCCUCCCCUCUAAGGUUUACCAGAAGCUCUGUUUUGAAGACAAGAAAUGACUUUUGCACAAAACCACAGGAAAGUCCCAAAGCUCCAACCAGCACUUACAGUCACAGAGUACCAUUACACAAACCCACGGAUUGGGAGAAGAAGAUCCUGAUAUGGUCAGGGCGCUUCAAAAAGGAAGAUGAAAUCCCAGAGACUGUCUCGUUUGAGAUGCUUGAUGCUGCGAAGAACAAGGUCCGCGUGAAGAUCAGCUAUGUAAUGAUUGCCCUGACAGUGAUAGGAUGCAUCCUGAUGGUUAUUGAGGGCAAGCAGGCUGUCAAAAGAAAUGAGUCCUUAACAAGCUUGAACUUGGAAAGGAAAGCUCGUCUGAGAGAGGAAGCAGCAGCUAUGAAGGCCAAAGCAGAGUAGAAGUCUGUCUCCAUGCUGGCUGGAUAAUGUUACAAGAAGUCUGUGUUGAAAAGGAUGUGGUAUGAGAAUUCACUUCAUAAAUGUGUGUUUUGCACAAACUACCAUUUUCCUAUUUCUACAAUAGAGGAACGAAUAAAUUUUCUUAAAGAAUGACUUGUUUUAUGCUUUGAUCCAAGUAAAAUGCAGCCUCCUGGCUAUUUGAAAAAGUUACAAAUGAACAACUUGUUUCAGUUUAGUGUUAAUUUGUAGAAAAUCAGGUACCAUGUCCUAUUUUUAUUCCCAAAGUAGGUACUAGUUCUUUAUUUUUCUCUUCUUUGUCUGAAGAAAUUAGGAAGGCCAGCUGAGUACACUGUCCAGAUGCAUCUUGGAAAGCCAGCCUUCUAAGUGCCAUGGUGCCUGUAGUGAGGCUGCUCUCAAGAGAGCCCUGACAAACAGCCAGACGACAUUCUGUAUCUCAGAGCAUGCGAGCAAAUGCAGGCUUUUAGAGGUUUUUGAGAAUGUACCAGCAAGGUGAUGAGAAACAUCUGGCCAGGAGUUUGUGAAGACUUAGAAAUCCUAGCAUCCUGGAGUUGCUUAGGCCAGCAGUCACUUCCUAGCUUCAUGGCUUAGUUCCCAAUUAGUCCCUUUCCUGCUGCCGAAAAAACUAAAAUUUUCAAUUAUGAAAAACUCAUGCAUCUUUUUAUUAGUGUUGAAAGAUAAACAUUUACACCUACUGUGUAUCUCAUGUAGUUUUGACUUUGUGGUAUCAAGUUGUCUCAUAUUUAGGUGUGGAUUCUGGUUUCUAUCAUAAACAUUUCAUUUAUUCACAGAUGCCAUAUUAGUAUUAAUGUAUGACAAAGUCAUUAUAGCCGUCCCCCAUGUUAGUUCUCAGAAUUAGAGUAAAAAGAAAUAUAUGCAGCUGCUUAGGAACUUUAAUAAAACACUCAGUAAAAUGUAACACUACUUUACCCAUAGCUUCAUAAUCUGAUGUUAAUGAUGUCUAUAUACUUUGACAUUAGCCCCUUUUUUGAUAUUAAGUUCUUUGACUUUUACCACUUGCAAACAUUAUCAGAAAGCUUUGUUUUUCGUACAUUUUAGAUUAGUUUUUCUUGAUAAUUUUCUGAUCCCUAAGCCAGUGUUUUAAAUAUGGGUAAAUUUUAAUGUGGUACUUUAACUUUGCUUUAUAGAGCAAUACCAUUUUUAACUAUUGAGGAACAUUUAAGUGUUGUACCUUGUAGAUUUAUUGUAAUAAAAAUGUUUCAUUAAACUCAAGCUUAUAAUCAUUGCCAUGCAUCACAAAUUUACAGUCAUUUCUCAUUUUGUGUCAUUCUCUAUUCAGUAAUAUUUAGUGACUACCUCU